UAGUUGUGCCGCGCGGUCUGCUGUGACACUCGUCUGUCGACUGUCACCACGUGUAGUGUUGUAGUACUGCCGGCAACGAUUCCCAACCUUUACAAGACGCCGCGUGCUCGAGUACAAGUUAUUAAAAAUUAAAGGAAAACAUUCCAAAACACAACUGAUUCAUCAUGAGUCUCGUUCAAGUGACAUCGCCCACGAAAAACCGUUUUUCAGUUUUAUAUACUUACAUAAAAAGAAACCGAAAUGCAAAGAAAAUAAUGAUUGUUUGCUGCGCAGCCAAGACAGCUGAAUAUUUCCAGGAGAUCAUGGUUCAAUUACUCGAUACGAAUAUGAUGGUCGUCCACGAAAAGCAGCACAAUAAAGAUGUCAUGGAUAACCUUGAAAAGUUCCGAACUCAAAAAUCUGGGGUUAUGUUUACCUCAAAUAAAUUUGCGAAUAAUAGUGUAGCUAAAGAGAAGCUACUUGAAAUUGAUUGUACUAUUAUACAGUACGAUCCUCCAUGUAAUUUAGAGGACUUUUUGGGACUGUUGAACGAGUAUUAUAGCAAGAAGAAUACUUUUAUAUUAUUUUUACGUCCAGAAGAAAAAGGAUUCCUUCAAAAGUUAAAAGAAACAAAAAUAAAUAUUGAAGAAAUAUCUUACAACGGAAGUCAAGUUGCUGAUGUAACACCACAGAUAAAUAAACUUGUGUCUACUAAUUAUGCUCUACACAUGUCCGCUACAGAAGGUUACAGAGGAUACAUGCGAUCAUACAAUACACAUAGUCUGAAAGAAAUUUUUGAUAUUGACUCAUUGAGUUUUGAUGAAGUAGCUGCGUCUUUUGGUUUUAGUAAAAUACCUGCCGUUGAUAUAUCUGAAAUUACAAAGAAAAUUUCACCAUCGUUAGGAACUUUUGAACACUUCCAUGAUCAAGACUACAGUAAACCAGACAAUUUUGAAUAUGAAACAGAAAUGGCAAAAAAAAAGUUGGCAAAACUGUUGGCUAAUGAUGCUAAAAAUCCACAAUACAUAUUCAAAAAAGUCAGUAAGAAAAAUCGUCGACCUGUUCAACGUAGUAAAAUCUUAAAAGGGCCUAAAAAGGUCCAAAUGAAACCUUCAAAGAAAUCAAAGAAAUCAAAGAAAUCACAUAAACGACGAUAGUGCCUAUAAUGACAGCUUGUGUACAUAGUUAGAAAUAAUUUGUUAUUGAAGUAUGGAUUGAUCUUGUUCAGUAUUAAGAACUCGAACAAGACAAAAAAUACUGCAUUUUUUAAUUGGUAUUUACAACAAUUCAUAAAUAUGUAAACAUAUAACUUUUUAUGGUAAAUAUAAAUGUGUAUGUAUAUAGAUGAAAACAUAGAAUGCAGAUGUAUCAUUUUCACUUAAUGUGAAAUAAAACUUGAAAAUUUUAAAUUAACUGA